AGGACUCACUUUCCCAAGCUGUUAUCUUUUUACUCGAAGAAGGCAAUUUCUAGCUGCCUUCGUGCUUAUGGCACCAGAUUGAACAAAGAGCUGGAUGUGCCCACAUUUUGUGAUAUUCACGUUGAUCUCCCUUAUAGUGUAAAUGUGAAACCUUUGAACGUUCACAAGUACCACAACUGUGACAAACUAAUCAUUCAACAGGAGGGAGAAUUAUUGGAAGAUACAUUAAAUUGUUAUGUUGAUGGAAACCAUGUUCAAAUUGAAGAUGUUGGAAAGAAUGACACAUCAGUUGUUUGCAAUAUUAGGGCCCCUGUUAAAGCAAAUUUGUACAUCCGUUCUUCCAAAGAUAUAUCAGUGGGAUGUUUCAAUGGUGACAAAAUCUACCUUACUUCAUAUGGAGGUAACAUAUUUCUAGGAAAAUACCAAGGCAACUGUGUCAAGCUUGUCACCAACCUUGGAAAUAUUACAUUGAGUGAAUUUGUGCUGGCUUCAAGCAUUGAAGCCAGUGUUUCAGAAAAUGGUUCUAUCAGCUGUGGAAAACUGCAAGGAUCAAAAUUGAAGCUCAAAACUGCAAAUGGCAACAUCACAGUGGAAUCAUCAUAUUGUGACCAAAGUGAAUUUGAAAUUGGUAAAGGCAAUUUGGAUCUAUGUAAUGCUCACAAGUCCUGUGAAAUAUUCCUGAAGGAUGGAGAAAUGAAUUUGACUUGCUUUGAUGGUAAGCUGUCAUCAGUAUUAGAAAAAGGUUCUGCAAGCAUCCAUUUGUCCAGAAUAUCUGAUGAUUCCCAAAUAAUAAUUAAGGAUGGUUCUCUAGCCUUGAAACUAUCUGAGUCUUGUCAAGAAUACAGUAAAUUCAUGAUCAAGAGUAAUGAUUGUGAUAUUGGAUUUGACUCAAAUAUAUCAACUCAAGGAGGUAUUUCUCUAAUUCCUAAGAUACAGGAGGAAAGUAAAGUUGUGGUGGAUUGUCAGAAAGGAAGAGUAUCUGUAGAAAGUGUAUCAUGGCAAGAAAUUAUGAAGCAGACUUUGAAAAAAUAG